AUGCGUUUGGUGGUCAAGGUGUUGAACCCUGGUUCGAGCUCCUCCGAAGAUAUUAGUGUGGAAGCCGAGGCCGUCGAAUUCGUAGAAGCUCUUAAGACCAAAUUGGAACAGAAGCUGCAACUCAAACCCAAGGAAAACCAACUCAAGCUCGUAUUCAAAGGCAAAACCUUGCAAGAUGGCAAUAGUAUAGGUCACUAUCAGUUAGUGGACGGCUCGAAAUUGCAUUUGAUGCUCAAAAAAGUGUCUUCCAGCGAUCCUCAGACGGUUUCGGUGACCGAGCCACCCGCCAGCAAAACUGCACCGGGUAUCAGUUUGGAUGUUGCAUUACAAAAAGCCCUUCGAAAACAUUUUGCUUCGGAUCAAGACACCAAAAAAGUGGUCCAACAAUUCAAAAAGGAAUUCAACGAAAGCCUCUCUGCAUUAAGCUUGGAUGAUAUCGAGCGGAUAGCCCAACGACUAAACUCUGGCCAAGCUUUAAGUUUUUAA